UUUAGUUAACCGCGUUAAUCGUUAAACAUCUUUUAAAAUUUUAGUUUAAAAAUCCCAACAGAACGUUUUUGGAAUCGUAUCUUAAAUUUCCCGCUGUAAACGUAACCUUCACACGGAACAAGGUUUCAAGGUCAAAAUGCACAAUCUUUUAUUUUUUUUUAAUACAAACAUUAGAACAUAACCUCAAUUUCCCAACCAAGUCAUGUAACAGAAAGUAUUUACUCUUUUUAAUUUAAAAAUGUCGAUAUUUAACUCGUUAAAAAGAUGCAGAUUUGUUUCAAUAUGUAUUCAGUUCCGAUGUAUGACCUCUACAGAAGUUUCAACGGCUUUGAGACCCUUUUAUUUUUCUGUACAUCCAGAUCUUUUUGGACAAUACCCUGAUCAACGGCAAAUCAAUGAGACUUCUUUAAAACAAUUAAGUUCAUAUUUAGAAUCAUUACAACGUAAAAAAUAUCCUAAACCAUGUACAUUACAAUUUUACAUUCGAGUGAGAGAUAAACAAUCAAAUACAUUAAAAAUGGUUUGGGUUAAACUCAAAGAUUCCGACGUUCGCAAAGCAGUUUUAUCAAUCUUGCAAAGUUGUGAAUUAAGCACAGAAUAUGUUGAUAAGAUACCAGAAGAGAAAAAGAAACCACCUAACACUGUUAAUAAUAAAUCAUUUAACUUUGAUUUUACAUUUAAAAAUUUUAAAGAUAUCGAUCCAAUUUUUGGGCCUUUAUCUAUGAAACAAAGCGUUGCUGAGGAAAUGAAGAAUUAUACUCUUGAAAAGUGGUUAAAGGAGCACCAUUUAAUCGCUUUGGAGCGAUCGAAAUUAACAAAACCAAUUCGUCAAGAUAUCAGUAAAUUGAAAAAGAUUGUUUUAGAAAAUUAUGAAGUUCUUGAUGUGAAAUGGGAUUGUGGAUGGAAUGAAAGUCAAUUUAGGGGAUGUUUGCAAAGUUUCUUAGCUUUAGCUGAACAACAUCCUGAACCUAUGCACAUUUUAAAAGGUAGAACAUUAGUUUUUGCUCCAUUUACUGGAGUAAGUUUAGAUGGACAUAUAAUGUUGUAUACAGGUGAAGUUAGGCAUAAUUGGUUAGAUUUAAUAAGAAAUGUAAAAAAAUAUGAUGAAGUUUUGCUACGAAUACCUGGUUUUGAAAAAACGGUUUCUCAAGUGUUAAAAGACAUAAAAGUGGUUAGGAGGAAAUUUAUGCCUAAAAUAUUAGCAGGGGAAUACGAAAGACAAUUACAACAAUUAACAACGAAUUUGAGUGAUUAUAGAGGACUUCGAGGGUAUCCAAAACAUUGGCCGAAUUCUUUGGCUACUUUUGAAAUUGUUGUUGAAACGGAAGCUGGACCACUUAUGGUAUCACCGACAGGUCAAUUUAUUGUUCCAUCUUCUUGUCCAGGUUCACUUUUAGUUAAUUUUAUAUCCGAAAAUUUAGAUGAUGCGAAACGUCGUCUUGAAACGUAUCGAAUGAAUAAACACGUUGAACGUUCGUUUAGAUCUGAUGUCUUAAAACAUUUCAAAAUGGAAACAUUGCAUAAGGAUGAUAAUGUUAACCCCGAUUUGAUGAUUGAUUGUUGUAAAAAGUUGUUGAAACAUGAAAGUAAAUUAGUUUAUUUAAGAGGUCUUCAAGUGAAUAUUGCUACGUAUUAUUCCGUUCUUUCUGAUGGUGUGGUUUGUAUACCAUGGAAUUUUGAGAUUUGAAACAUUUUUAAAGUUAUGUAUAUUUUUGUAAAAUAUAUUAAUACCAAGUUGUAUAAAGGAAAAUAAAAAAUUGUGUUGAGAAAUACUA